AUGUCUCCAAGUAAGAGCAAAUCCGACAAGAUGACCCCAUCGGACGAUGGGGUCCUCGAUAUGAGUGACCGGGAGCAGCAGAUCUACGAGGGUGGCAUUCAAAAGUUUAACCGGCUCGGAUGGAAGCGUCUGACAGUCGUUCUCAUCGUCGAGGCUGUCGCGCUGGGAACACUGUCUAUCCCCGCGACUUUCGCCAAGCUGGGAAUGGUGGCAGGUGUCAUCUGCUGCGUGGGAAUCGGUCUGAUUGCGGUAUACACGAGUUAUGUCAUCGGUCAGGUCAAGGUCAAAUUCCCACACAUUUCCGACUAUCCCGAGGCCGGACGGCAGAUGUUUGGCCGUUGGGGCUAUGAGAUUCUCUACGUCAUGUUGGCCCUCGAGCUGCUUCUGUCGGCUGGUUCCCACUGCUUGACUGGAACGAUCGCCUUCCGCAAUAUCACCGAGAGCAAUAUUUGCUCUGUGAUCUUCGGUGUCGUCUCGGCCAUUAUCCUCUUCAUCUUCGCCGUGCCGCCCAGCUUUUCUGAAAUGGCAAUUCUGGGAUACAUCGACUUUGUUUCUAUCAUUAUCGCCGUCGGCAUCACAAUCAUCGGUACCGGAGUGGAGGCCAGCAACUCGACCGGUCUUGCGGCUGUCAACUGGUCUGCCUGGCCCAAGGAGAACCUCACUUUCACCGAGGCCUUUAUCGCUCUGUCCAAUAUCAUUUUCGCCUAUAGUUUUGCUCUCUGCCAGUUCUCAUUCAUGGACGAGAUGCACACCCCUACCGACUUCCCCAAGUCGAUUGUCUCUCUCGGUCUCGCCGAGAUCUUCAUCUACACGGUCACCGGUGCUCUCGUCUACGCCUUCGUUGGCCAAGAUGUUCAGAGCCCUGCCCUUUUGUCCGCUGGCCACCUGCUGAGCCGAGUCGCGUUCGGUAUCGCUCUGCCGGUCAUCUUCAUCAGCGGUUCAAUCAACACCGUGGUGCUGGGUCGUCUGAUUCACGGACGAAUCUUCAAGAACUCUAACAUUCGCUUCGUCAACACCAAGAUGGGGUGGACCACCUGGUUGGCUCUGAUCGUUGUUCUGUCCAUCCUGCAGUUUAUCGUGGCGGAGGUGAUUCCCUUCUUCGAUGACUUACUCUCCGUCAUCUCCUCGCUCUUUGUCUCGGGAUUCACCUUUUACUUCCCGGCCAUCAUGUGGUUCAUGUUUAUCCGGGAAGGCGGCAUUUUCAGCAGCACGAAGAACAUGAUUUUUGCUGCACUCAACGCCGUGAUCCUCGUGAUCGGUCUUGUGGUUCUGGGUGCGGGAACGUACGCCAGUAUCAACGAUAUUAUUAUUUCUUACGACAAGGGUACUGUCAAGGGCGUGUUCUCGUGCGACGCUGCCUAA